UGGACGGUCCAUGGCUCCCUCGUUUGAGGUGUCUCCUUUGAAGUGUUGCUGCGUCACACCUUCACUCUCAUGGCCCUCGAUGCUUGUCUUGGCGUUUGAUGCGAUGGAUGUGAGCGGAGCAUAUACUGUAAACUGUUGUGUCUGUACGGUAUUCAUGGGUCAUCCUCACAUUGCACACCUUGCUUCACUUCCACCAACCAGCCUCUCAUUUUUGGUGACGGAUCCACCGGCACAACCUCCAUCACGCCUUUAGAAUAUCACGAGACUUACCCUACAGCCUAUUCAACAGAGUCCCUCAGCUGGGGACCACCUUUUCCUACAUCACGUUGAGAUCAAUGAGGCACCCGUCCCUUCUCGUCCAUACACAUUCCAAUGCCGUCAAGCGCACGCUCUCAUGUGACUUGUGCAGGGUACGUAAGGUCAAAUGCGUCAAGACUGGUCAAAGCAAAUGUCAAGGAUGUCUAGGUUUGAAUCGAGAGUGUGAGUUCACGCAUGUAAGGAAGAAGCCAGGACCAGUGAAUAAAUUCGCUCGUCCCUCACAGCAGUCCCACCAGCCGCUGUCAACCGCU